CGAAGCAGAACCAGGAAGUUACGAACAGGGCGAAGAAGUUAGAAGACACUGUGGGAAAUAUUUUCCAUAAAUAGUUUAAACUUAAGGUCACAGUGACUUAUCUGAAGGUUCCUUCUCACUCCUGAGCAUGGAGUUAAAGGACGUGGAGAGGCGCUGCUGUGUUGUCAAGGUGUCAGAGGCGUCUUCGGCAAAGAAACCGGUGAGCUGCAGCGGAGUUGUUGUCCACCCUCGCACAGGAAUCAUCAUAUGCACCGGACUCCCGUUUUCACGUUUUAUCAUCGACGGAGACCCCCUCUACUGGGACCACGACUUCUUGCCACCUCACAGCUUCAGUGCCAAACUUCAAAUCUGCGUCACCUUUCCAACUGACACCAAGCAGAGCGCACGGAGAGCAACAAUCACACCCACUAGAAGCAAAACAGCAGCAGGGCAGAGGGAGGCUGCAGCCGAGCUGCUGAUGCUGGUGAACUGCGUGGAGUUUAAACACGCUUUCCAGGCAGUUUUCCAGGAGGCCGACCAGUGGCGUUUCCAUUGUGAUGAGGAUGAGGAGCUGCUCAGAGAUUUUCACUUCCUCAGCUGGUUUGCUGUACUCAGGGUAGGUGUGGUGCUAGACAGCAGCCAGGAUUCAGGCACCAUCCCCUGGCAGAGCAGUGCGCCUCUCCAGAAGGGCUGCCCUGUUGUUGCCUGCGGCUCACCUUUUGGCUCCCUCUGCUUGGAUCUCUUCAUCAGCACCCUCAGCAGAGGCAUCAUCAGUAACCUUGCUGGAGAAGAUAACGCUGUCAUCCUCACAGACGCCCGCUGCCUGCCAGGCACAGAAGGUGGAGGGUUGUUUGUGGUGAAAGGUGCAGGCAGCGUGCAUCUCAUCGGGCUGAUUGUGUCUCCAUUUGGCUGGAAGGCCAAUGAGUGGAUUGGCCUCACUCUGGUCUGCUCUGCCCAGUUGGUCUUCAGGAAUCUCAUCAGCUGCCUGAGUGUCCAGGAUCCCCUCAGAAAUGUUUGGCUUCAUCCAGGAGAGUUGGACAUCCAGAUGUCCACCGCUGCUCACGAGUCAAAAGCUGUUAAAUACCCCACUGUUUGCUUUGUGGACAGCGGGCAGUUCUGGGGUUCAGGGGUUGUUGUCGGCUCUCGACUGGUUGUGUCGUGCAGGCAUGUUGUCAACAGGAAGUCUAAAGUCCGCUUGAAGUUCCACCAUAGGGACAGAGUCCAUGAUUCAGUGGGUGAUGUCCUUUUUUCCACUAAAGCAUCUUCACCCUAUGACCUCGCUUUGGUGCAGCUCAGAGAUGCUGUCCCAGAAGCUGUGGUCUCACGGAUGUGUCAGAGUUUCAUUCCAGGUGAAUCUGUAGUUGUCGUCGGAUACGGUGGGCUGGGUUGGAGCUGCGGUCCGUCCCUGACCUGCGGCGUCCUAUCCAAAGCCAUUAGCUGGAAUUGCCAGCCUGUCAUGCUCCAGACCACAUGUGCAGUACAAGCGGGAACCAGCGGGGGUGCUGUGGUGCAGAGAUGCUCAGGAGAGCUGCUGGGGAUCGUUUCCAGCAACACGCGAGACAUGGCCACUAAAGUGACUUACCCACAUCUGAACUUCAGCGUCCCAGUGACUGUUUUCCAGAGAUUGUUGCAGCACUUUGAGCAGACAAAGGAUGUUAAUGUAUUCAGGGAGCUGGACAGUACAGAAAAAGAAAUCAGGAGGGUGUGGAGACUACAAGGUGCUCAGAGCAAACUGUAACCGAGGACCCCUGCACUACACUGACACGUGGUACAGAUGACAAAUCAGAAUUAAUUAGAUGAGACAUUUGCAACUGAAGGAAUAAUUACUGCUUAAUUGUCAUCUCAGAGUCAUGUGGUUAACCAGAAAAUCUUUAUAAGGGUACUAAUGUUUACAGGUACUUUAAGUACAUUUAUACCUGUUUAAUUGCACAAUAAUUACAUUAAAUAAUUUUUUUUUCAGCUAA